UGGUACAAGCUGCACUCCAAGGUCGGGAAGAAGGAGAAGGAGCGUGGCGAGAUCCUGGUGAGCAUCCAGUUCACGCGCAACAGCCUGACAGCCAGCAUGUUCGACCUGUCCGUGAAGGACAAGCCACGGUCGCCCUUCGGCAAGCUGAAGGACAAGGUGAAAGGCAAGAAGAAAUACGACCUGGAGUCGGCCUCUGCCAUCAUCCCCAGCAGCAUGGGCGCCCUGGACGCGGAGGAUGACUUCGACGUCGGGGGCAAGAAGUCCAAGGUCAAGGGCUUCUUCUUGAGGAACAAGCUGCGCAAGUCAUCCCUGACGCAGUCCAACACCUCCCUGGGAUCCGACAGCACCAUCUCCUCCGCCAGCCUGGUCCUGGCCGCGGGUGUUCCCGAGGUCCCCAAAUCCCCGAGCAGACACGGCAGUCUGUCCACCGAGCGCUCCGUGAAAGAUUUCCUGCCGUCUCCAAAGCUGACCCACAAGAGAGCGUUCAGUGACGACGUCUCCCAAGUCAGCCCGGUCCUGGAGCCCAAAACAAUCCAAAACCUGAAGCCAAAGAACGACCCCGUCUCCCAGCUCUGCGCCGCUGCCCGUGCCCGGCCUCCCCAGGAGGAGGAGCUGAAGGUCUCCACGAAAGCCGUCACGCUCAGUAACCACCUGGGCAGAGCCAAGAUGGAAGAAAGCAGCCGCUUGGAGAACAAACCGACUCAAGCCGCGACCCCCAUGGUCUUCUCCGCGGAGACGGCGAAGGAGAAACCACUCGAGGAAAUGAGGAAGGAGGAGAAGAAAACGAAGGGCGGCCUCUUCCACCACGGGGGCAACAAGAGCGACGCGGGGAGCAAAGGCCAGGGGGAGAAAGUGGGGUCCUCCCACGGCUCAUCCGUCCACACGACAACAGGGGGAGAGGAGAGGAGCAAAACCGGCGGCUGGUUCGGCUCAAGGGAGCCCAAAGAGUCCCCUCAGAAACCCAG